GGCUGGUGGCUGAGCCGCUUUCUCUUGGACAUUCUUCAGACCUAUCCCCUUCUCCCCCGCCUCCGGCGGCAUGGAGGCACGGGGGCAGCCAUCCAGCAGCAAUCUUAGAUGUUUCCCAGUAUAAAAGUUUGUUCCGCAUUGUCUCCCUUUCCUUGGCCAGUCCCCUUCCCCGCCGGUUGGCUCCGAGGGUGAGGUCCUCCCGGAUUUGUUCGCCUGAGGUGGGAUUCAAUGUCGUUUUUCUCUUUCUGCGAGUAGGGAUUCAAUGUCUUUGACGCUGAGACCCGCCGAGUGUGCGGCCCUCCAUGUCGCCGCCGUUGAGGACCGGGGAGGCCAGACGGCGUCCAUCACUCCAGUGGCCAGCCGUUCCCAUUGCAGAGGGCCAAGUGGGUCGCUGUUGUCCACGCCGCUGCCGACAGAUCCGGGCUUGUCCGGCUAGGAAGGUCAGCGGCUCAGCGCCGACGCUCGGCCCCCACGUUUCCGUGAAAGCUGCAGCUAGGCAUGCCUAGGUUUGGUCUAUAAAAGCUGUGCCAAGGAGCUCUCUCCCGCGCCAUUCGCCCAUUCCUUGUGGUGUAAAUCUCCUCCAACACUCACAGAGUUAUCACAGCAAAUGUCUUCUCCGGGUACUCAGGCUAUAUGAUAGCACUACAUCUCAGUCGCAUCCGACGAGUAUAGAGAUGACGAAGUUCAGUCAGGGUAGCGGCGUCGUUGAAAAAUUGAAGGAGGAUACCCCAGCGAGUGUCCACGGUGAUCCAGCUUCCAAGUUGGCCGGAGAUGGUUUACCGUUGUCAAGCAACAUAGCAUCUAAGCAGAGGGAUCUUGCUAUUUCACACGCAUUAGAUGAGCUGUAUAAACACACUAUGUCCUUGGUUCAUCCCACAUUAGAAAGGGCAGAGUGUGUGUCAUGUCGCGGUCCACCACCAAUUAGUUUAAAACUCAAAACCAUCAAGGAUGCAGUGAAAGAAAAAGGAAGGAUGGAUACUGAUAGCUUAAACUUUGCUAUUCGAAAGAUGGCAAGAGAGAAAUCAAGUGAUGGAGAUCUGAAAAAUUCUGAACCUUCGUGCUGCAAACACUACUUCAGUACGGACUUUGCAAGGGGUGCCAUUGAGUGCAAACUAGACGAUGAUAGUAAUAUUCAGCUGGACUCUUUUUUCGAUAAGGACUUUGUGGGUGUGUGCGAUGCUUUGAAAGGUUCCAAUAUUGAAGUGUUAUGUGUUCCAGUCAUUUAUGGAGAUCAUUGGACGAUGUAUGCUUUCAACAUGAAUGAUCGCAAGCUAAGUAUUUUGGAUUCACUACCAUGUUCCCUUGAUUCUGGUUCAAAAGAAAUAUAUUAUCGUCAUGAAUGCAUUCCGUUGAAGAUCUACAAAGCUCUUGUGAGGGCCAAUGACAAGUUUAAAAUGUUCUAUAACAUGUCUGAUUUUAAAGUUUGGAAAGUUGAUUAUCCUCCCCGAGUACCUCAACAAGAAAACGGCUCCAACGACUGUGGGUUCUUCGUAUUCAAGUUCAUGCGUCAUUGGAAUGGAAAUGAACUUGUUGGAUCAAUUUCCAGUGAAACAAUGGAGUUGCGGAAGGAAUUCCUAGCAUACAUACUCUCUUUCGACAUAGACGAAGCACAUGGGCUACCUGAUAGUCUAGAUCGGCUGAUGAAAAAACUUCCUUCAGAAGCAUCAGUUGCAGUCAUUCCAUCGACCACCAGGGCUAUUGAUAAUGCGAUGCCACCCUUAUCUGUGGUUGCUCCGGGAACAAAGAUUCUAGUAGAGCCAUGCAAGAUGUUAAUAUCUCCUUUCUUGAUUAAAAGGCAGUCUUUCGGUAGACCAGACGCCAAAAUACUCGAGGAUUUGUAUCAGUACACUAUCAAUAAUGCUUUGCCUAUGUGGCAGUGGACUGGAGAUAUUCUGCAAUUAAUGAAGCGUGGAGAAAUGAUGGACACCAUAUGCCUAAAUUUGGCUGUUAGCAACAUGAUGAGAAAGGAUGCCCAUGAAUUAUUGAAUACUAAGUGUCUGGGUUGGAGGCACUAUGUUGAUUCAGACUGGGCGGUAAAAUCACUGAAUGGCUAUUCCAAUCCCAUGGUUCUGAAAAAAACAUUUUAUCGUGGAUCAGUUCUGUAUAAUGCUUCACGGUCACAUAUGGUAUUCAUCCCAGUCGCCAUUCCUGGUGACCAUUGGACUUUGUACGCUUUCAACAUGUGCGACCAAAAGCUCAGUAUUCUAGAUUCUCAACCAGAUACUACCAAAGGUGUUGAUCCUGCUGAGCGCCACCAGAAAAUUAGAUGUGAUGUCUGCGAUGCACUUACCAUAACAAUGGACUUUGCAAUUGACUUUCGAAGCUGGGAAUAUGGGUUCCCCAAAUUACCUAGACAACAGAACAGUUAUGAUAGUGGAUUUUUCGUAUUCAAUUUCAUGCGCUUGUGGGACGGUCAUCGACUCGCUCGAUGGUUUCCAACUGAAUCAAGGGAGUUGCGGAAGGAUUUUCUGGCAUACAUACUCUCGUGCAAGGAUAACAUUGUACAUCUGCCUGAAGAAGUUUCUUCAAAAAUUAAAGAUCUUCCUGGGAAGGUGAUGGAUUCCAAAUUGCAGGAGUUUGUUGUGGCAGGUGCUACACUUACUGCCGAAAAUGAUUUGGCAAUCAGCAUUUGCCCAGCGUUAGUGCCUUCUGCUGAAAGCUCCAAUGAGUAUAUUUGUUAUUUUAAUUCGCACUGGAAUCCAAGUAGAGAAGCGCCUGCGACAUCUCGUGCAGCUGAUUCUCCAUUAACAUCCUCCGAGUUUCUCAGUAGAUGUUAUCGAGUCACCUCUGAUGGGGACGGGGUUCUCCACAUUGCUGCAUGGCAUGGAAAUGUGAAACUAGUGGUUGACAUCUGGAAGAACCAUGGAGCCCUCUCAAGAGUGCUCUUAUCAGCAGUGAACAACAGAGGAGAUACAACACUGCAUUAUGCGGCACACAGAGGGCAUGAUGAUAUGGUCAAACUUUUAUUCGGUAUAAUGAGUGACAUGGGUAUUGCCAAGUUUCAGAGGGCCCAAAAUCUCAAAGGAGACACGUGCUUACACGAGGCAGUGCGCCAUGGACAUGCAAAGGUUGUAGAGAUACUGAUUUCAGAGGACGAAAAUGUUCAGGGCUUAGAAAGCCCCUCACUGGUGCAGAUAGUGGACAAUGAUGGUAUAUCUCCACUCUACUUGGCUACCACUUUACGAAGGAUUGAUAUUGUCCGGGCCCUCACACAAAGGCCAUACAAGUAUGUGGCAUCCUUUGCAGGGCCUGCAGGGAAAACAGCAUUGCAUGCUGCCAUUGUUCUCCUAGACAAAGAGCUGAUUGAGAUUCUGCUGGAGUGGAAUGCUGGUCUUGCAUCGCAAGGAGAUGAAUCCGGGAGCACCCCUCUGCAUUUUUUGGCAUCACUCUCCUUGGAACGCAGGGAACCCAUUAUAAAUCUGCAAUUAGUAUGUGUGAUUCUGCUAGUACUUUCUGCGGUACUCUUUGUGCGUCUGCCAUUAUCCUUUGCGAUUCCGCCAUUAUUCGUUCUGAUUGUGUCACCUCGCUGUUACUUUCAAUUGUUUCGUAAAGACCCGGGUAUCGUAGAACUCAUUAUGAAAAAGGACCCACUUGCUCCCUUGUACACAGAUUCUAUGGGAUCACUUCCUCUACACGUCGCGGCUGCACACGGGAGAGUCAUUAUAUUGCACAAGCUGCUUAUACAAUGCCCUCAUAGUGUCCUCUCACUCAAUGCUUCUGGCCAGAAUUUUAUUCAUGUUGCAGUUGAGAAGGAAAAGCUCGGGAUAGUACGUUAUGCUUGCCAAGACAUUUCUUUCCCUCGUUUAGGAUUGCCAAGAAGAUUGCUGCCUUUGCUUCGAAGGAAAAAGUUCGACACCCAAAUUCUGAACGCCCAGGAUCAGGAUGGAAAUACAGCCCUUCAUCUGGCCGUAAAUAAUGCAAGUGAGGAUAUCUUCUACAGUUUAAUGGCGAACAUGCGUGUUCUCCUCAAUUUGGCGAACAAGGAGGGUUACACGCCCCUCGAUUUGGCUUUCUUGAGCCGUCACCUGGAAGUGAGCUCCAAGGGGUCUAAGGAAUGGAUAUUUUUCCUCCUGUUACAUGGCGGUGGCGAUUUUGGUAUCUUUAAUUGGGACCAUCUUACCAGAAAUGUGGUUAAACCAGACUGGGAGAAGGAAUCAAAGAAAGUGGGCAAGUCAGCAUCCAUGCUGACCGUGUGCGCGGUGCUCAUUCUCAAUGCAGCACUCCUGGCGCCCUUUAAUGUACUCAGCCACAAGGACAAACUGGAUUUAAAUGGAUUUCUGUUCCAAAUCUUUGUGACGAUCGACACCGCCACAUUUGUUUGCUCUGCAGCGGCCACAUUUUUCUGUGUGCGUGCUGGUUUUGCCAUGUCGGAUGGCUCUACACGCCUGAAAAACCUGGUUAGUGGAAAGUUUUUCCUGGGUAUUGCGGCCCUGUCUGUGAUGUGUACCGUGGCUCUAGCACUCUUCCUGGUGAUACCCAGGGGAACUGCGUAUUAUGCCAUUUCUGCUGCAGGUGCCAGUAUUCUAGCCUACACUUACAUCAGCACCCUUGCAUCCAAGGCCAUUCGUUGUGCACCAGCUAUGCUGUCUAGAGUUGGUGUUUCAAGACUGGCCUCAAUCAUGCUGUUUCAACGCAGUACAAUAAAGCCACCGUGGAUGGUUCCUUCAGCGUCGACUGGUUUGUUUUGGAUAAUGGCACUUUUCGGCAUUUAUUUUGCUAUAACAAGCUACAAUUGAGCCCGCUAUGCAUACGAGACGUCCGAGUAGUGUACGAUGCUGCACAUCCAAUCAUCCAUGAUUAGAGCAGAAUUACGGCACUUCACUGGAUUUAUUAUGUCGGGCAGAGAUCGUGCAUGGAAGUGUCGUACGCGCAGAGGUUUUGUAUACAUAUUCAUUUGACAGGCAAUAGUAAUUAUAUUCAGGAUCUUUUAUUCACUUUUUGUACCAACAAUUUCCUGAUGAUCUCAUCAAUAAUGAAUGCUUACAUGGCAGUACAACUUGAUCUGCCCCCCUCA